AGUCGACUCGCAGACUCGUUUUCUGGAGGCGCAUAAAAGGCUUGGUCAUCAGGCCUCGGUUCACCACGUGGAUGGAAAAGGGAGUCUUGACUUCCAUUUUCUGUGUGUCGCAGGGUCACCAGGAAACCUUGUCAAGAACCAAACACUGUUCGGGAUCAAAAAAAUGACCAUGGAAGCAUUCCUGAACCCUAAAGAUUCUGCCAAGUUUAUAGUGGAGAACAGCCAAGAUGUACACAUUGAAGAAGAUGGUGUGCGGAAAGUUGCGGAGAUGUUGUCUGAUAAAGUUUUGGAAAAGGACUUCAGUGUUGCUGGGUGGAAGUCUUCUCAUGAACUGAAUCCUCAAGUAGUGAGCGAAGAUGCAGUGAACUGGGUUUUCCUUGUUGAUGCACUCAAUUUUUCCUUUUGGUCGGAGUGUGAAGACCGUAAAUGCCUGGUGAAGUAUAAAGGCAAAAUGUACAGCGGUUACUGGUCUCUUUGUGCUGCUGUCAACCGAGCACUUGAUGAAGGAAUACCCAUUACCAGCUCUUCAUAUUAUGCUACCAUGACAUUGGAGCAGGUGAGGCAUGUAUUUCGGUCAGACACCGAUGUUCCCAUGCCUUUGCUUGAGGAAAGACAUCAGGUGCUUAAUGAGACUGGGACCGUUCUUCUGGAGAAAUUUGGAGGCUCUUUCCUUACAUGUGUUAAGCAAAGUGGGAAAAGUGCUCAGAAAUUGCUACAGCUAAUUGUGGAAAACUUCCCAUCAUUUAGAGAUGAGGCUAUAUUUCAGGGUAAAAAGGUGGCUUUUUACAAACGGGCACAAAUCCUUGUUGCUGACACAUGGAGUGUAUUGGAGGGGAAAGGUGAUGGAUGCUUCAAUGACAUUUCCAGUGUGACCAUAUUUGCUGAUUAUAGGAUACCUCAGGUUCUUGUUCACCUUGGAGCAAUGAAAUAUUCUGACGAACUAAUGAAGAAACUCAAGGAAGGACACAUGUUCCAGUCUGGAGACAAACAAGAGGUGGAGAUUCGAGGUUGUUCUAUUUGGUGUUGUGAACUCAUUGGCAGUCACUUACUGGAUCUUUAUAAAAAGAAAGGCGAGAACAUGAGUGAAAAAAUCAAUGCAGUUCUCCUUGAUUAUUACCUAUGGGACUAUGCUCGGGAUCAUAGGGAAGACAUGAAAGGAAUUCCCUUUCAUCGUGUACGUUGCAUAUACUACUAAUAUACUGUGAAGAAUAUUAAAGCGCAGUUUCAAAUUUAUAGAUACUAUUUUUUUCUGUAUACAUAUUUGAGACUUGUAAACUUAGCUGGAAAAAUUUACCGUUUUCCCCUUCUCCCUUCAUUUUGGCUUCUGUUCACUAGUAGAGCUUAAACAUGUGUCCUUUCUACUAUAUCACAGGAGAGGAAUUUUACUAUAAUUUUUAUACUUUUCCAUACUGAUGGUUUCUCUGAUUCCUUUAUUUCAACCUGCGUUAUUUCUGCAAUUAAUAUGCUAAAGUUGCUUUUUGCAUUUAGCAAGAUUGUUGCAGUAAAGAAAUUGUGUGACAUGAUACAAUCAAUAUUUCUUAAUUAUGUCUCUUCAUAAGGUUAGUUGCAUCUCAAGUUACAAACAGUAAAUGUUUCCUUUAAUGUACUUAAUUCUGUGUAUGCUUUUAGCUUCUUGAGUAUGUAUUUACUGAGCUGAGCAUAGAACAUUUUUGCUUCACUUCUAUAGACUAAUUCAGAAUUGUGAUCCCUCUUUGAAGUUACUAAAUGUCUUUUCAGGCCAAGGGUGAAAAUGUGUAAACUUCUGUUUUCUGGAGAAAAUCUGUCCUAACAAUAAAUGAGCAAUACCACUUAAAAUAUUAUAAUCCUUA